CAUUACAAGCCGCAGACAGUAGGCAGUGGAUUCCACUCCAGUCCCCUCGACAGAAUUCAAGUUUAAGCCCGGCUCUGGCCACUCGACCACUCAGUUCAAAGCGAAAUCGCGACGCGACAACAACCGACCACCGGCAGUUCAGAGACUUCAGCCAUAAAAUAAAAUUAUAAAAACAAUAACAAAACGGAAAGCAUCUAGGACAGGUGCGCAGAAUGUUCGUCUUACUUGGAGUACUCUGUCUGCUGCAGACGGCCAGCUUGGUGCCAGCCCAGUUGAUUACGCUACGCGAUGGCACGGUGGGCGUGAAUUUUGCAGGCUACCACGCGAAUGCGGGACUAGGUGGUCUCCUGACGGGCAACUCUGCCCACGGCGGACUCAGCGCCUCGGCCGGAACUCCGUGGGGUGCCCGAGCAGCCGCCGGCUUGGGUGGAAACCUGAAUGGACAAGCCGCUGGCGUGGGUUAUGCCGCCGCCCAGGCAAACCCUUCGGUGGGUGCCAGUGCCCUCUUGGGCGGCAGCGCCGGACAGCAUGGAUAUGUCGGAGCUGAGGCUCACAGACCUCGCCAUACUUUGAUUUCUUCCGCUGAGCACACAGUCCAGCCGGGCAGUCCUGAAACUCCCGUUCCCGCCUCCCCCACUUCUGGUCCCGAAGUCACCAGCUACAUCCAGAAGGUCAAGCCCCCCAAGAAGUACUCGCUGAUCAAAGGAGAGCCGGACCGCAGCGAAAUCAUUGAAAAUCAUGUUAAAGCGGCCGCAGAUGCCGAUGCGGUGGAUAAACACUCGCCCCCGGCUCUCCCAGCUCUCCCAGCAUUCCCAGCCUUUCCAGCCGCCCCGCCUAGCUCGUUGGUAAUUGUCAAGCGAACACGCCCACAUGCAAAGCGCCAACGUCAGCGUCAACGUGUCGUAUACGUGAUGCAGCAAGAGCAGCAGCACAUUCCGGACCAGGAAGCCCAAAAGGACGAGCCGCAGUCGUCCGUUGAGACUAAGAGCGAGGCAAAGGUGGUCCAAGCCCACAAGUACAAGGCUGUCCAGCGACCUCAGACCGUUAACAAUCGCUUCGUGGCACCUCAAGCCCAAGGACCAGUGGGUCUGGCCCUCGAUAUUCCCAUUGGGAUUCUCCGUUCUCUGCAGCAAUCUUUAAGCGCUCUGACCGGCGGAGCACCUCACCAACAGCCAGCCGUUGGAGUUGCAGGUGCCCAGGCCAACGCUCCCUAAAUAGAGAUGUAGUUUCGGUAUUUGUAAGAUCCCCCUUAAAGCCUUAAAGAUAAAGUGGAAAAUAAUAAAGCGAUUUAGCAGAAAGCUAAA